AUGCAGCUCAAGUCACUCUUCGCCGCAGCCGCUCUCGCAAGCGUUGCAAUUGCCACGUGUUACCCUAAGUAUCUAGAAACUGCCAAUCAGAAGUCGUGGAAAGAUAACAAAGCAACUAACGCAGCGGUCAAAAUGCUCGUUCAAGAUAUCUGUAGGGACGGCACGCUCAGCGGGGAUUAUGGCGACAGCGAGGAUCGCUACGGAGCUUACUGA